AUGACCGAAGCACCGUACCCCAAUGCCUCGGAGCCCCUCCACGUCAUAAUCAUAGGCGCCGGCCUCGCCGGUCUCGCCACGGCUCUCGCGACCAAGAUCGCCAAUCCCUCACACAGCGUGACAAUCCUCGAGGCUGUCAAGGAACUCCAAGAAGUAGGGGCCGGCCUACAGCUGACCCCCAACGCAACUCGUCUUCUCAAGGCAUGGGGCCUCGAUGCGGCGCUCUCCCCUCUAGCCACCCUCCCCUCGACGCUCUCUGUCCACCGCUACGACGGCACCCGCCUCCUCGCCCAUGAACCCGAGCUUCAGCAAACAAUCGAGUCCCGUUAUGGCCAUCCCUUCUGGGGGCUUCACCGCGUCGAACUCCAGCGCGCCCUCGUCGACCGCUGCGAGGCUCUAGGCGUCCGCAUCCGCCUCUCGUCGCGAGCCCUCUCCGUCGACUUCGACCGCGCCCGAGUCACCGUCCAGGAAGAUGAAUCCGUGGGCAGCACCUCCGCCCCAGCAGCAGACACAGUCGUGUCCGGCGACGUGGUGGUUUGCGCGGACGGCAUGUGGAGCUCCACCCGCGGCCAGUUCCUCGGCCGGCCCAGCCCACCGGCCUUGACGGGCGACCUGGCCUUCCGCAUCGCCAUACCCAUCGACUCGCUCAAGGGCCCGCACAAGGAGGAGCUCGAGGAGUUCAUAAAGUCCGAGACGGUGCACUUCUGGAUCGGCCCGGAGUCCCACGGGGUCUCGUAUACCGUCAAGCAAGGCCGCAUGCUCAACCUCGGUCUCUUGUCCCCCGACAACCUCCCCGAGGGCUCGACCAAGGUCGAGGGCGACGUCGAGGAGAUGCGGUCGCUCUUCUCCGGCUGGGACCCCCUCCUACGCAAGCUACUGGACCAGGUCGAGAGCGUGCACAAGUGGAAGCUGUGCUGGAUCGAGCCGCUGGAGGAGUGGGCGAGCCCGACAGGCAAGUUCUUCAUGGCCGGCGACUGCUGUCACCCGAUGCUCCCCUAUCUCGCGCAGGGCGCCAACUCGUCCCUCGAAGACGGCGCCGUCCUGGGCCAUCUCUUGGGCAAGGUCGCCGGUCGUGAGACCAAGGGUACGCAGCUCCCCGCGGCCGCCGCCAUGUAUCAGCGCCUCCGCAUGGGUCGUGGCCAGCGCAUCGUCAUGGAGUCCUUCCGCCAGCGCGACGACUUUCACAUGCCCGAUGGCCCCGCACAGCAGCACCGCGACGACAUCAUGACUGCGUCGCUUGCUCCCGGUAAAGGGCCGCAGCCAGGGUUCCCCUCUCGAUGGACUUGCCCAGAGAUACAGGAGUUUCUGUACGGGUACGAUGCUUACGCAGAGGCGGAGAAGGCAUAUAGCCAGGAUCCCUAUUGA